AUGUCUAAGGCUGUUAUUACUGGUGCCGCUGCUGCUACAGCUGCUGUCGCAGCUAUUACUUUCAACCAAGCCGUGAACGAGCAAGGUAAGCGCAAACAGACUGCGUUGUCCAUCACUAGAGACCAUCAGGCUUGUUCCUGGACCAGGAUCAAGGAAGGUCUUUGGGACGAUGCCGUCUCCUUCAAGGAUGCGUUGUUGCUAAGAGGUAUAUACAACGACAACACCGCCAAGUACAUCGAGCGUGGCCGUGACGACUUAGCACAACAGAUUUCCGACUCUGUGAAGAGCUCUCCACCACCCCAGCUGCAAAGAUCAGUUAAGGGCCGCAAUGUGUUCUCCUCCAUGGACGAGGACCGCCGUAACGAGCGCGAUGACUCCCAGGACAACAAGUCCAUCUUCAAUUGGGGCUAUAACGACAUCGAGAAGGCCAAGGCCGUGGCCAUUGGUGAAUUUGACGCUGCCAACAAGAAGUACAACGAUAUUUUGGACAAAUGGAAGCACUCCAAGACGAGUUUCUUCAGUGCAGGUGAUGCCGCUUUGAAAGAACAAGUUGAAAACUGCAAGAAGAUGCUGGAAGAGAAACGCCAGGCUUUGAAAAAGGCCUCUGAGGAUUUCAACCAAUAUACAAAGCAGAGUUUCAAUGAGAUCUCCAAUAACAUCGAUAAGCAAGAUGUAUUGAACGGAAUCCAGAACAAGAAACAGGACUUGUGGUCCUGGUUGAAGGAUGACACUUCCAAGGACGGAAAGCCUGAUGUUGAUAAACUUGCCGCAGCAAGCGUUGUCGGUUGGGGUGAACGUGCCCAGGAAUUUGCUGAAGAGGAAUUAGAAGAGCGUAGAAGAAGCAUGCAAAUUGGUCCAAGUGAGGCACAAAGGCGUCUGGACGAGUUGAAGAAGUACAAGGAAAACGGUUGGUUCACUUACAGAAAGGGUGACGAAACUGAGGAAGAAAUGGCUAAGCGUGUUAUCAAAGGUCUUGAGGGUUGGGGUGAAACUGCAGCCCAAUUGGCUAGAGAAGAGUACGAAGAUUUGAAAUGGCAAGCCGCUAAGACCAAGGAAGAAGCAGCAGCUCUAGUCGACGAUGCUAGUCAAAAGUUGGCAGAAGCCAAAAGUGAUGUUGACAAAACUGCUUCUAAAUGGUGGCAGUUUGGAAAGGAAAAGAAGGAUGAAGUACAUGAAAAAAGUUUAGCCAACUAUGAGGCUGCCAAGAGAGAUUACGAGAACUCUAAGAAGGCUUUGCAGAAGUGGACCGACAAACAGAGAGGAAAUUUCUGGGACAUGGCUAACGACUCUGUCAGCUCAAUUCAAGGUCAAGUUGAUAAGGCACAUGAAGUUGUCACAGAUAAGUUAGACGAUGCCAAGAGUUACACAAAGGAGAAGAAAAACUAA